CGUAAUCUCUCCUACUCCUCUUACCCAGUCUGUGUGAGUUGUUCAUACUUUUUCUAUCACUCGGGUAGAUACGAAGAAACAUUUGUCAUAUCAGUCUUUUUUUUAUUCUCUCUUGUAUACGUUUUUAUUCUCUCUCUUUUGUAUUUUUUGUUUCUUAUUUUUUCUUUAACAUAGAGAUACAAGACAAGGAAAUAUUAUCAAAAAAUGUUAAACACCAGUAUUCACCAGCGCGCGGCAAAGUCUUUGGUUCAGAGCAGCCGCAAGUUCCAUUCGUCGCGCCUCGCGCAGCGCGUGCUGGGUACGCAACCGCUGCGCGCCACCGAGGCAACCAACUCGUUCUCGCCUAAAUACGAGGUGAUCGACCAUACCUACGACGCCAUUGUUCUGGGCGCCGGCGGCGCCGGGCUCCGCGCAGUCAUGGGCUUGGCCGAGGCAGGGUUCAAGACCGCCUGCGUGACAAAGCUCUUCCCCACACGCUCCCACACAGUGGCAGCACAGGGCGGCAUCAACGCGGCCCUUGGCAACAUGUCCAAGGAUGACUGGCGCUGGCACAUGUAUGAUACCGUGAAGGGAAGUGAUUGGCUCGGAGACCAAGACGCCAUCCACUAUAUGUGCCGUGAGGCGCCCAAGGCUGUCAUUGAGCUGGAGCACAUGGGGCUUCCGUUCUCGCGCACCCCCGAGGGUACUAUCUACCAGAGACCCUUUGGUGGUCAGUCGCUGGACUAUGGUAAGGGCGGGCAGGCUCGGCGCACUUGCUGUGCGGCCGACCGCACGGGCCACGCGAUGCUGCACACCAUGUACGGCAACUCGCUCAAGUACGACGCGACCUUCUUUGUCGAGUACUUUGGCAUGGAUCUUCUGAUGGAGGACGGUGUUUGCCGCGGUGUCCUGGCGCUGAACCAGGAGGACGGCACCCUGCACCGCAUCCGCGCCCACAACACGGUCAUCGCCACGGGCGGCUACGGGCGCGCGUACUUCUCGGCGACCUCCGCGCACACCUGCACGGGUGACGGCAUGGCCAUGGUGUCGCGUGCCGGUCUGCCUCUGCAGGAUCUCGAGUUCGUGCAGUUCCAUCCUACGGGUAUCUACGGCUCCGGGUGCCUGAUGACCGAGGGCUGCCGCGGUGAGGGUGGCUACCUGGUGAACUCCGAGGGCGAGCGCUUCAUGGAGCGCUACGCGCCGACGGCCAAGGACCUGGCAUCGCGCGAUGUUGUUUCGCGGUCGAUGACCAUGGAGAUCCGCGAGGGCCGCGGUGUCGGCCCCGAUAAGGACCACAUCUACCUGCAGCUCAACCACCUGCCCCCAGAUGUGCUCGCCGAGCGCCUGCCGGGUAUCUCGGAGACUGCCGGUAUUUUCGCUGGCGUCGACGUCACCAAGGAGCCGAUCCCAGUGCUGCCCACUGUGCACUACAACAUGGGCGGUAUCCCCACGCGGUACACCGGCGAGGUCCUGCGCCAGAGCGCCGACGGUAAGGAUGAGGUUGUGCCCGGUCUGUACGCCGCCGGCGAGGCCGCCUGCGUCUCCGUUCACGGCGCCAACCGGCUCGGCGCCAACUCGCUCCUCGACCUCGUGGUCUUUGGCCGCGCCGUUGCCCACGACAUUGCAGCCAAGUUCGAGCGCAACCAGCCGCACAAGGAGAUCGACGCCAAGGUUACCCACCAGUCGAUCAAGGACCUGGACUACGCGCGUACGGCCAACGGUAAGCACACGACAGCAGAGGUGCGCCUCAAGAUGCAGAAGACCAUGCAGAACCACGCUGCCGUUUUCCGCACCCAGGAUGUCAUGGAGGAGGGUGUCAAGAUGAUGGGUGAUGUGUCGCAGCUCUACAAUGAUGUGCGUGUCUCUGACCGCUCGAUGAUCUGGAACUCGGAUCUUAUUGAGACCCUGGAGCUGCGUAACCUGCUUACGUGCGCGUCGCAGACUAUUACUUCGGCGGUGGCGCGGAAGGAGUCUCGCGGCGCUCAUGCGCGCGAGGACUUCCCGGAUCGCGAUGAUAAGGUGUGGAUGAAGCAUUCGUUGUCGUACCAGGCGGAUGUCGAUAAGCCCGUGGAGCUCAAGUACCGCAGUGUCGUGGCGAAUACUUUGGAUGAGAAUGAGUGCAAGGCUGUUCCUCCUUUCAAGCGCGUCUACUGAAGAUGCUCACCUCCCCCUUUUCUCUCUAUCUCUUUCUUUUUAUUUCCAAGUAUUUCUUUACACAUAAAAAAAAUCAAAUCAAUUCACGU